UGUUUGGAAAAUCCCAAACGAUGAUGAUUCGAUCGGUUUAUUGGAGAGAGUACGGUAUGGAAGUGGUGAAGACGGUUGUCUCUCUCUCACACGUGUCUCUGUUUGUUUGCUUGGUGUGUGCGAACUUUUUCACGGAAGCACAAAUCGCGAUAGACAAGGAUAGUGGAUUUUCUACAAAAGAUGCGGUUGAUUUCAUGACGAAAUUCGGCUACCUUCAAAUUGACAGUGGCGAUGGACCACAGGCGCUUAUCGAUCCGAAUUCCAUGUCAGAUGCGCUGAAAACUGUGCAAAGUUUUGGAGGCAUCUCUCAAACUGGCCUAUUGGAUGAAGCCACUAUCGAGUUGAUGCAAAGACCACGGUGUGGUGUACCAGACAUCCUACCGAGCAACCGUAAAAAGCGAGAAAUUCCUUGGUCAUAUGGCUGGAACAAAGCUUUCAUCACCUAUUUUGUUGGCGAAACAUUCAAAAUCUCAAGAGACUUGGCAAGAAUUGAAAUAAAGGAUGCAUUUGAAAAAUGGGAGAAAUAUUCGAGGUUGAAGUUCAUAGAGACAUCGGACAAAGAAAAAGCAGAUAUCGUUAUCCUUUUCAAAUCGGGGAGUCAUGGAGAUGGGAAUCCAUUUGAUGGAAAAGGUUAUAUCCUCGCCCAUGCUUUCGGACCAAGCGAUUAUCAUGGAAUCAGUGGCGAUAUUCAUUUUGAUAACGAUGAAAAUUGGGCAAUAGACUCUAAUCGGCAUGAUAUCACCGACUUUUUCUCUGUUGCCAUCCAUGAGAUAGGCCAUAGUCUAGGAUUUUCUCACACUCAAAAUAAGAACAGUGUGAUGUUUAGUUCUUAUCAACUCCAUGAUAAGCGAACUUUCCAAUUCACUGAAGAUAUCAUCAGAGGACUUUAUGAAAUGAAGAUAUCAUUUUUCAUUACAGGAACUUGGUACUGGGUUUUCGACGAUUUCAUGAAUAUGCUGGAGAAUAGUCCUCAGCCUAUAACAAAGUACGGUCUACCACAGUACGUGACCAAAAUCAACGCAGCUAUGGUGAAGGAAGGCAAAACGUAUCUGUUCGUGGAAGACAGAUACUGGCGUUACAACGAUGAGAAGAGGAAGAUGGAUGAAGGCUACCCGCGUCCCAUCUCUUUCUUUCUUGGACUCCCAACCAAAAUUGAUGCUGCUUUCACAUGGAACGACAAUACCACAUACUUCUUCAAGGAUAACAAAUUCUGGAGCUUGAACAAUACAUGGAAACGAGUUGAGAAUCUACAUGGACAAACCGCUUCAAAGUUCUGGCUGAAUUGUGACAGAUGAUGAAUAUUCGUCUCUAGAACUCAAUCAAUUUAGUACUACAUUCUAUUUCUGAUUACAUUUCACUGAAUGACUGAAUAACUAACUAAUAAUAGAUUUUUUUUAAAUUUACAUUUCCGGUUAUACCUGUCUGUCUAAUAUAAUGCAGAGCUGUAAUGAUAGCCUAUCUGAAUACCUGAACAACUCAAAUGAAGAACCUGUAUAGUCAGACUAACUACCUACCUACGCAUUCGUUGAAUAAUUAUUAUUGAUUUUAUUAAUAUUUAUGUUUUGGAUGUACAUCUUCCUUCAGCCUACCGUAAUUGUAAUACAUAGGUCUAGAUAGUUUGUCUUUUUUCGUAAGGGCUACUCUUGUAUAUAAAAUAAGAAUAAAAAUCUAAGUAGGUAUCCUUUUUUAAAAUUGUUUACUCACAAUUUACAAAAAAGGGGAAUUAGAUACCCCUUUAGAAUUAGAUAUUUAUUUUUAUUCCUACCUAGGAAGUUGAUUGUAUACAUCACAUACCGUGGUACUACAGUAAAAUAAUAGAGUAGCAUCAGAAUAAUUUUCUAUCUUGAUUAUUAUUAAACGAAAAUCCAAAUAUUGCUGUAAUUCACCCCGAAGACUUCUGCUA